AUGAUGCGAGGCCCGGCAAUAUUUGAUGUGAAGUUCAAGAAUCAAAGAGUUUCUUAUGAAAUAGCUCUAAACGAUAUUGUCUUGAUAUACGGAAGUGAUUCUUUUGAAAGGGAAAAUAUGUUUUACACUGAUGCUUUAUACGGAAUCGGUUCGUAUUCGGGGACAAUCCCAGGUGUUGAUUGUCCUGAACAUGGUAACCUUAUAGAUACGAGCUACUACGAUUUUAGUACAGGGAAAGCUGUAACAACUAAGUCAAUAUGUAUUUUUGAGAGUGAUGGCGAGGGUCCAUUAUGGCGUCAUAAGGCCAAUGGGUACCAGUCUGGCCUUAGAGAUAGUUGCCUAAUCGUACGGAUUGGAUCAAGAAUUGGUAAUUAUGAUUAUUUCGUUGAAUUCCAUUUCAAACUAGACGGCAAUCUCGCUACGAAAGUAAAGGCAACUGGGCUGAUUGCGACGUCAUUUUGGGACAAGGAUAACCCGAACCACGGAAAUCUUAGCACUGACGAUAGCCCGGAGGCAAGAGAUCCUUUUGGUUUCCGAGUUGGAGAUUAUUCGCAUGGAAUGAUUCAUGACCAUAUGUUUGGCUUUAAAGUUGAUCUGGACGUUCUUGAUCCCAUGAACAGCUUUGAAGUAAUCCACUUUAAAUCUGGAGAAGUGGUGGAUGCUUUCAAAAAGAUGAAGCCUUCGAUUAAAACAAAACCGAAGUAUUUUCGCUACAACCAUACUCGAUAUUUAGAGUAUGAAACUGUUCAAACUGAGUCUGGAUUUAGAGUGAAUCCGAUGGCGCCAAAAUACAUGACAGUUGUAAAUGAAAACCAUAGAAACAAAUGGGGUGCAAAGCGUGGCUAUGCCAUUGUUCCGAUGACAAGUGCAACACAAACGAUGGUGGACGCGCAUCCAGCAAUGAACGCAAUUUCGUUCUCCAAAUAUAACUGCGCGGUUACAAAAAGGAAGGAAUCCGAACCAUAUUUGAACUCAUUAUUUGAUGCACAUCGAAUGGAGAACACGAAAGGUGAUUUCAGCAGAUUGCUGGACGGAGAAAACAUCGUGAAUGAAGACCUGGUUACCUGGGUUACGGUUGGCGUCGUUCAUAUUCCGAGCUCUGAGGACAUGCCCAUGACGAUUGCAAUCGAGAGUGGAUUUGUUUUAAAGCCCUUCAACUUUUUUGAUACAACCGAAGUGUACGACCAGCUUCAAGUGUAUAAUGGGCAAGAUGGAGAUGUACAACAUCCGCCAGCGUUUACUCCCUGUCUUGAAAAUAACUAA